AUGGAUUUGACUAGCUCUGCUGCAAAAAUUCUAAUUUCUGGUGUUUUUCUUUUUAUAGCAAAUAUCAUACUAUUCCUAGUUUAUCGAAAAGCUUAUCGUUUUAACAGUGAGCGGAACACGGCGACAUACCCAAUUGUGAACAGUUUCUAUAAAAAAGUGGCUUUAAUAAAUGCAUUAUAUUUUAUUGAAUCAAUCUUGAUAGUUGUUAAUCUAAAUGUUACUAAUGAAUGGCUUAAUAAAAUUGCAAUAAUAUUUAACAAUACUAUGAAAACUAUCGUGAUAUACAUAGGACAAUCAUGUCAAGUAUUAAUAGCUCUACUUGCAAUUCGAAAGAUUUUUAUUUUCUUUUUCCCGGACACGAAACAAUAUUUAAUGGUUACCGAAUAUACACUAAAGAUUACUACCAAUUGUAUUUUAUUGGUUUUUGUGCUAGGAUUUUUAGCAUUAAAAAGCGGGUUUUUUGGCAAAAACGCGAACAUUAUGGCUUAUGUACUGCUCAUCGUUAUACUCCCCAUUUGUGCAUUAUUUCAAAUUCUGAUUCAAUUUGUCUCAGCUCAGCGUAAUAAGUACAUUUUGUGCCAAUUUAUUCUGGUGGUGAUUAUGAAAAUUACUUGUUGUAUAAUGUCUCUUUUCCGAGUUCAGGCCACAAUUCAUGAGGUUUUUCAAGCCGCUGAGUUAUCAGAUUGCUUUCUCACUCCUGUCUUUAUUAAAAUAUCCUAUUUAAUGUACCAUCGGCCCAGUUUUAAAACAUUUUGUAAAUGUUUGAAUUGCUGUAAAUGUUUCAAAACGACUACAGUUGAACCACUGGGACAUAGACAAGAAAUUUUUGCGAUAAAUGCUAAUUAA